AUGUCCUUUAACGAAUUACACAAAGCUUGCGAAGAAAAACUGUCAAAGGAAGUCGACGAAAUUUGCGAACAAUUUGUAGUCGACUCCGACAAAUUGGCCCAAAUGACCGAACACUUCAUUGACCAAAUGGAGAAAGGUUUGCAGCCUUUACCUGCUGACGUCUCAGAGGCAACAGACAGAGGUUUACCAAUGAUUCCAUCAUUUGUAACAGGAUUACCAAAUGGUUCAGAAAGAGGUGUCUUGCUUGCUGCUGAUUUGGGUGGUACUAAUUUCAGAAUCUGUUCUGUUUCUCUAUUUGGUGACCACACUUUCAAAUUGGAACAAUUGAAGUCAAAAAUCCCAGAUGAACUAUUAGAAGAUGAAAAUGUCUCUUCAAAGGAUUUGUUCUCUUACAUGGCCAGAAGAACUUUAGCGUUCAUCAAGAAACAUCAUCCAGAUGCUAUGGAAAAAGGUGCUUCCGCUCCAGUUAUGAAAAUGGGUUUCACUUUCUCUUACCCAGUCAACCAAACUUCUUUGAACUCCGGUACUCUUAUUAGAUGGACUAAAGGUUUCAAGAUUGCUGACACCGUCGGUAAAGAUGUCGUCCAAUUGUAUCAAGAUGAAUUGGAUGCUGAAGGUCUUCCAUUCGUUAAGGUCGUCGCUUUGACCAAUGACACAGUGGGUACUCUGUUAUCUCAUAGUUACGUCUCAGAGAGUGGUAGCUCUUUAUGUUCUGGUGAAAUUUCAGAACCAGUGAUUGGCUGUAUCUUCGGUACAGGUACUAACGGUUGUUACAUGGAGGAAAUUAAUAACAUCUCCAAAUUGUCACCAGAUAUCAGAGAAAAGUUGAUCGCUGAAGGUAAGACGCACAUGAUCAUCAACACUGAAUGGGGUUCCUUCGACAAUGAUAUGAAGGUCUUGCCAACUACCAAGUACGAUAUUGAUGUCGAUCAAAAAUACUCUACCAACCCAGGUUUCCACUUAUUUGAAAAGAGAGUUUCCGGUAUGUACAUGGGUGAAAUUUUGAGAAACAUCUUGGUCGACUUACACUGUCGUGGGCUAUUAUUCAACCAUUACAAGAGCUACAAUGAAUUACCUCACAGAUUAAGAACUCCAUUUGAAUUGGGCUCUGAAGUCUUGUCCCAUAUCGAAAUCGAUGACUCCAACGACUUACGCGAAACUGAAUUAUCUCUAUUGCAAAGUUUGAGACUACCAACUACCUCUUUAGAGAGAGUAGAAAUCAGAAAAAUCGUCCGUGCUAUCUCUAGAAGAUCCGCAUACCUGUCUGCUGUCCCAAUUGCCUCGAUCAUUAAAAAGACUAAAUCUCUACACAAAAGAUAUCAUGGUGAAGUUGAAGUCGGUUGUGAUGGUUCUGUUAUUGAAUUCUACCCAGGUUUUAGAUCUAUGAUCAGACACGCCUUGGCAUUAUCUCCAAUUGGUUCUGAAGGUGAACGUAAGGUUCAUUUAAAGAUUGCUAAGGAUGGUUCUGGUGUGGGUGCCGCUUUAUGCGCUUUAGUCGCUUAA